AUGGCGGAAAAGGAUGCGGAAAAAACAGAAUCAUCAAGCUCAGCUGCCAGCACUGUGAGCAAAAAAACCAGAAGCAGUCACAAUUCAUCAGUGCAUAUGAAUGAAUCUGACGAAGAAUCUGAUCACUCAUCAGAAAGAGAAUCAGGAAGUCUACGAAGUUCUCUGGUCAACACUCUAGCCACAAUCCAAAAUAACAUUUUCAAAAAAGGAAAACCGCUCGAAGCAUGGCAUCAGUUUCUGCUCAGUAAAAUCAUUUACAACAAAGAUUAUACCUACAUGGAUAAGGCAUUCCGUUUCAUGGAAUGCAAAACAAUGGUCAGAAGAGAGCAAAUAUUCUAUGCAGGACUAUUCCUGUUAGUUGCAUUUGUUUUACUACAAAACUUUGAUCCAUUGUUAUGCACUACAGUUAGCUGUAUUUAUCCUGCAUACGAAACCACCAGGUCUUUAACUAUUCACAAGAAUAAAGCGCGCAAACAACGUGAGCAUUGGCUUAUCUAUUGGAUUGUAUUCUCAUUUUUCACACUGCAGGAUUACCACAGCGAGUGGUUAACGAUGUUACUUUCGCCAUUUCUUUUACUAAAGAUGUUAUUUUUGAUGCUUCUAGCAUUGCCACAGACGGGAAUGGCUGAGCUGUGCUACUACAACAUUGUAGUUCCCAUGCUUUCCGUUAUCAAUGAUACCUUCGUGAAGUAUAAUCGAGUAUGUUUCUUAUUAUUGAACGAAACAGUAAAGAAGAUUUAA